AUGAGAGUCCUCAUUGUUGGUGGUGGCGUGGGAGGCUUAACAUUGGCCAAGGCUCUCCUGGUCAAGGCAGAAGAGGAACGCAAGGAUGUCAAGGUGGUAGUGUUGGAAAAAGGAACAGAACUGGCGACAUCGGGCCACGGCGUGACUUUGUUCGAAGGCCUUGGCAUUCUUCAUCGCCUUGGGUUGGGGUCCUCACUCGUCAAGGUGUCGACCGUGUUGACCGAUCAAGUCGUCUCGGCGGACGGCAGACUUCUAGUGGAGACAUCAUCCAGCAACAACAAGCCUACGCAGUUUGCCCCUCGAGGAAUCCGCCGACCCGAUUUGGUCCAUUUGUUGAAAGAAUCAUUGCCAGAUGAUAUUCUCAAGUUGGAUUGGCAAGUCGUCAAGGUAGAGGAGGCUGACGACCAAGUGAGUGUAGUGAACCAGCGUGGCGAGGAACUGAAGGGAGACCUUUUGGUGGGCUUUGACGGAAUUGGCGGCAAAGUGCGUGCCUUUGUUACAACCGCCAGCACGGAUGAGAAAUCUGCAAAAUCCAUGCGAGAAUUCGGACAAUGCUGUGUCUUGUUAGGUACGGCCAAUAAGUUACGAGAAACUGGUGGUGAUGCCAACAACAUUAUUUCAUCAGACGGAACCCUGGUGCAUCAUUUUGACCGAAAAACCGGUUCUGUUGGAGUAUUUUCUGGCACCAGCAAUGGGCAGUUUGCUUGGACGAUUGGGUACCGAUGCCCCAAGGAGCCCGAAAGAAAUCCAGAUUGGAAGAACAACGACAAGGCGCUGAAAGCUGCCAUGGAGGUUGUCCAGCAAUGGUCCGGUUCGGCUUCUGCACAAUUUCAAACCCUCUUGGCAGGAUCUUCUGGUUGUCUUCAAUUGGGAGUCUACACACAGCCAAAGAGAGAAUUGCAGGCGCCUUGGCAUCGUGGGAGACUCGUGUUGGGUGGUGAUGCGGCGCACGCAGUCCUUCCUCUCCUUGGCGAAGGUGCCAAUCUGGCCAUGUCGGAUGCUGUGGUGUUGGCCAGACAAAUUCUGCAAGUGCAAAUUCCAACCAAGGAAGAGCUUGAAGCUGCCUUUAAGAGAUAUGAGGAAGAACGACGAGGACCCAGUCAGUCGGGAGUUGCCAUGACCAAGGCACUUCGUCCGGUGAUGCUCAGCCAAAACUGGUUGGUGUGCCAGCUGCGCAAUGGCAUGAUGAAGCACAUGAUCGGUGCCAACUGGUCCAGCUCUCAGUUGCGGGCGCAAGAUGCUUCCUUGCUUCUCGACAAGCCCAUACAAGAUCGCAACCCCCAUGCCAAUUUGGGAUCAAACGUGGGCAUGGUUCUGGCUCAUGUUGCAGUUAUCGGUGGAGGGAUUGCCUUGUCUCUGUACUUGCUGAAUCGGCCCCGAACUUAG